AUGGCCGGAGACGCGCCACCACCACCGCGCAAAUGCACAGGCAAAGACUGCGAAAACGACGCAAGCCAGCUGCAGUGUCCGAAUUGCCAGAAGCUCGGCAAGGAGAGCUACUUCUGUUCCCAAGACUGCUUCAAGCGCAACUGGGCGGAGCACAAGAAACUCCACAAGUCGCAAAGAAGUAUACUCUCCAACAUCACCACGCCCAAAGUAGUUUCUUACCCCGAUCCAGCGACCGGCCACUACAACCCGUUCCCUACCUUUCCUUACACCGGAAGCCUACGACCUGUCUACCCACUGUCACCGAGGCGCGAAGUCCCCGCGAGCAUAAAGCAUCCAGAUUAUGCGAAAGAUGGCAUACCGCGCUCGGAGCAAGUCUUUGUUGGGAGGAACAAGAUUACCAUACUCGACAAGAAGCAGCAGGAGGGCAUGCGCAAGGUGUGCAGGCUAGCACGAGAAGUUUUGGACAUCGCGGCGAGGGAGGCAAAGCCAGGCGUGACGACAGACCAUAUCGACGAGGUGGUGCACAAAGCCUGCUUAGAGCGGAAUUCCUACCCCUCGCCUCUCAACUACUGCCACUUUCCGAAAUCCGUAUGCACAUCACCCAACGAAGUCAUCUGUCACGGUAUCCCGGAUCAGCGGGUCCUCCAAGACGGUGAUAUCCUCAACAUCGACGUAACUCUAUACCAUGGCGGCUUUCACGGCGAUCUCAACGAGACAUACUACAUCGGCGACAAUGCACUGGCAGAUCCGGAAUCGGUACGCAUAGUAGAGACGGCCCGCGAAUGCUUAGACAAGGCUAUCGCAAUCGUCAAGCCGGGCAUGCUGUUCCGGGACCCGGGUAAUGUUAUAGAGAAGCACGCAAAGAGCAGGAACUGCAGCGUAAUCAAGACAUAUUGCGGACACGGCGUCAACCAGCUAUUCCACUGCGCGCCAAACGUUCCGCACUACGCCAAGAACAAGGCUGUCGGGCAAGCAAAACCCGGCAUGUGUUUCACCAUCGAGCCAAUGAUCAGCCUGGGCACGCACAGGGACAAGACAUGGCCGGACGACUGGACCAGUGUUACGCAGGAUGGUACUCGGACAGCACAGUUCGAACAUACGCUGCUUGUGACCGAAGACGGUGUCGAGAUCCUUACGGCUAGGUUCCCAGAUUCCCCGGGUGGGCCUGUGCCGAUGCCAUCACCCACGAAUGGAGCGGCGGCUUCAGAGGCCGUUGAGACUUCAUAGGGGUUGAAAGUCGGGUCAUGCUGCUUCUGGGAAGUUGACGAUGGGGUUGAAUGGAGGAGAAUAUUCCAGGGUGGGCAUAGGAGGGAGGUUAAGGCAGUCUACUCAAGCAUCAGGCGAGGCUGUUGCUUGAAUGUUGUGAUGCUCCUGACAACCU